AUGGCUCCCUUCUUACAGGAUUCUCUGCACUUCCCCCUCCAGCAUCAGACACAGAUGUUAUAUCCGAGCGUUGCUUAUCCGACCUAUAUGGUCCAUCCCCAACAAGUCGACGACUUUUCCAGCUCAUACGGUCUGCCCGAGUUUGCCGACUUCAUGGCGCCCGGGAUGUUUGCCGACGACUUUGGUGGAGAGCCCGAGGAGGCUUCAACGCGACCCAGACUUACCAAGGAGCAAGUCGAAAUUCUAGAGACACAGUUUCAGGCGAACCACAAGCCCAACUCUCAAGUCAAACGGCAGUUGGCUAUCCAGACAAACCUGAAGUUUCAAAGAGUCGGGAAUUGGUUCCAAAACCGGCGGGCAAAGGCGAAGCAGCAGAAGAGGCAAGAGGAAUUUGAGGCCCAGAACACAACCACAGAACCUGCUUCCGCUCGCACGCCAAAGGCCGAAACUCAGGGAGAGAACAAGAGCGAGACUGCCUCUCCUACGCGGUCAGUCCAUUCGCCGACAAGGCGAUCUCAAUCGAGUGUGCACAAUUCGCCGUCUCCUGGCAAAGUGGUAGACAAGUCCAAGGAGGCGAGCUGGGCUUCCCUUCAGCGAGCUCUGGGGCAAGCAAAGGCCGCACACGCUCAUCAGCAGCCGUCCCAGCCCAAAGUGACCAUGCCUCCUCCAGAGCUUCCUCCCCAAGCCGCGCCCAUGCAACUUCCCCUCCGGUUGAACGGUCACCAUGCGAGUCUUUCAACUUCCAAUGUACGGACGUGGCCGAAUCAGCACGCAAGUACCGGGACCUAUCCCUCGCCGAUCACACUGCAGGACACGUCGUUUGACUUUGGCUUCGAUACCGAGCCAUCGAACACGUCGAGUCAGGGCACCGACUCGGGCGACGCCAUGGCCGACUUCCUGCAGGAUACUUUCGUCGUAACGCCAGAAGAUUGGCAGGAGCCUUUGGCAACUCCAAAGGGCUUGGCCCAUCAACAAAACGACCCAACCGCCACCUUGCCUUCCCCAGGGCUGACCAUGCCAUCUUAUCCGAGCUCACGGCGAGAAUCAACCACGGACGAUCUGUCUAACAAUUUUGGAAGCUUCGCCUUGGUAGGCAGCUCACCCACCCUGCUGACGCAUCAACGCCCUUCGGAGCCCAUCCCUACUCCCAAGAACGGGUCCCUCGAUAUCGCUGCGCGACGCAAGCGCCCUCGCCCAGCUGCUCUGACAUCGGCUUCGCUUCGAAGCCGAUCGUCCGGGGCCUUGACGUCUAUCUCGCCAACCUUCCGGCAAGGUGUGGGCAACACUCCGGCGGUCCCUCAUACGGUUCGUCAUGUCAAGUCUGCCGGCCACGGUCUCAACUCGCGAUAUGCAGGCAUUCGCAAAUCCAGUUCGGCUCAGAGAUCGCCAAUGUGUGUGGCCAGUUUUGCCGAGGCCGAGGCCUUCAAUCAGUUGAUGGCCCAACAAGCGAUUAACGCGCAAACACUGGCAGAGAUGCCCGCACCAUUGCUCUCACCCGACAUUAUUUCUAAUACCCACAUGGCCGAUCCGGAGAAAAACCCAUUCUUUGCGCGGAACAUUGAUCAAUAUGGCAUGCAAGCGUCUCAAAACCUCCCUGUCGCGGGAGCCUCACCUCCAGGCACACCAUUGGUGGCAGAGUCCAUGAUGAGGGCCCAUUCGCAGCAAUCUCGUUGUCCACCGGCUUCGGCGCCACCUCAGUACGCUUCGUUUCCAGACUAUACACCGCCGUACUCGGCAGGGCCUCUCACCAAUAGUAGUUGGUCAGACGCUCCACUGACAUCUCCCGAGAUGCCCUCGUUUCUCCCUGUGACAUACGUGCCUUCUCUUGGAUACCCAGGACAGUGUGAUGGACUCAACAGCCACUACCAACAGGCGAUGUUGCCAUCAGAGCACAAGUCGGCGUUUGGAUUUAACUCUCAAAUGGACCACAAGCAGACCGAGUUCUACAUCCAAGAGUUCCCCAAUCAGAAAGAAGAGCACGCACACAUUGCUCAACAGCUGUCUCACCAGAAACCAAGAAGCUACGUGUUUGCCAACUCAGCUCCGCAAGACUAUUCAGGGCCUUAG